AUGGUUAAAAAGUCUUCACCUCAAUUUUCCUGUCCUGGGUGCGAGAGGACAAAUUUUCGGAGUUUGGUUGGUGUCAGAAAUCAUUUCAUAAUCAAGCGUCACUCUUUUCAGUGUCAUAUUUGCGAAAGAAUAUUUCACGAUGAGUUGGCGAUUAUACAACAUUAUCAAAAGUAUACCAAGUCCUCCUCGCCGGGUAUACCAAAAGAUGUUCAGCGGGCAUUAUCUCCUGGCAUACCAUCACCAAAUAUUCCAUCGCCAAGUGUACCUUCGCCAAGUGUACCAUCGCCAAGUGUACCGUCGCCAAGUGUACUAUCGCCAAGUGUACCAUCAUCAACCGCAUUGGUGACACCAGCUGUGCGGUCGAUAGCUGUUCAAACAGAUGCCCCCGAGGAGCCAUCGAAACUCUCCGAACAGAAACCCAAAAUUACAGAUGGUCAUUUGUCUGAUACUUUACUGGCUUCUAUGACAGCAAUAACCUUCAAAAAUGGCUCACUACUAGGUAAGGAGCCUCAAAUCUACCCACUGAGCAAGCCGAGGCUUAUAUCCAUUUAA